GAUAAUAUGUUGAUAUUUGGUUUUAUAAUUUUUUGCUGAUAACUCGCUUGUUUUCUUAUUUGUGGGUGGAACUUUGCCUCAUUUGGCAUACUUGAAGUUCCUUGGCACCAGUCAGCUGAACGUUUCAUGGCUAACCGUGAUGUAUUCUCAAAAAUCCUGCCAAAUGUCAAGUUGGCCACUCGAUACGAUGAAGACGGACGCGAAGUUCAGGUGGAGAGUCGCGAGGACUCGGAUGCGACAGCAAAGCAGCAGGACACUUUCGACAUUCUAAUGGACGCCGGCUACUAUCGGGCCCGCAUCAAAGGCCUGUCCGCCUUCGACAAGGUUGUGGGCGGCAUGACUUGGUGCAUCGAAUGCGCCGACUAUGACGAGGACGUGGAUCUGCUUUUCCACGAAAGUCUAUCGAUUGGCCAAAAAAUAGCUCUCGUGGAAAAGAUUGUUUCGGUUCUGAUCGAUAUGAAGUGUCCACAUAGCUUGGAGCCGCAUCAGGUGCAGGGUCUGGAGUUUUUAGCCAUUCAUCCCGUCAUCCAGUGGCUAGUGAAGACUUCGGUGGAAAAUCGAGCUGUGCGUGGACAGCGCUUGAAGAAAUUUGCCAUUGGAGUGUUCCACAAUCAUUAUCAGUAUAAAAGCGACAAAGACAAUUUGACCAAAAUACGUUGUUUGCUCCAGUUAGACAGUCUUCAACAUAGAAAUCGGUUUUUAAUGUUGUUGAUCCUACUGGUAGUCUGUCUUUGUAUUGUAUUGCCAAAUGAUCCAGACAUUUCGUUGCUAGGAACGGAGCAGCUGUUGUCCCAUAUGUUACUGUUUUCAGGCGAUAGUACCUGAUCUCUUCGGAUGGAUUGUUUCUCCAGACUAUCAUCUGAUGGAAUUGAUCCUCCGGAUUCAUCCACACUUGCCGGUACAUCUUUUCUAUGUCCGCUGUGAAUACGUACUUAUGAAUUCGAAAUCGUAGCAGAAUGGACAUAAGUUCGCUCUGAACGGUGGGUCCAGCCUGCAGAAUGUCGUUCAAAGAUUACCCGCUUGUUGAUUUGCAUGAGGCAUCGAAUACUACCCGAAGCUUUGUGGUGGUGCUCUCAGGUUUGAGUACACAAUGAUGUGGAAUGAAGUAGUGCCUUUUGGGAACUUU